CCACAUCACAAGCUCCGCCAACCGCUGCCGCCUUGUCCCUCCCUCACAAAGAGGAAUCGCCCCCAGCACUGAACGGCCACCUCCCCAAAGCACCAGACCGUCACUGGCCAUGGCUCCAGCCGGGCGCAUGGGCGCUGCCGACCACGACGUGAUUGAGCAACAACUCAAGGAAACCGUCCAGUCGCUCUACAACAUCCUCGUUCAAGUCAGCGCCUACGACCAGCACACCUCCGUCUCCUCCAGCGGCACCACGCCCAGCAGCGGCGGCGUCGGCAACAGCAACAAUAACAACAACACACCGCCAACAACAUCAAGCGCCUCGGCGAACCAUCCCACAUCCUCCUCCUCCUCCUCCUCCAAACCCAGCGCCGAGGUCCUGGCCCAGGAGCUCCGCACGCUCUCCCAGUCCCUGCAGGCCAUCCACCAGACCGCGUCCACGCCCGACCCGGAGCACUCGCUGCCGCACAUCCCCCCCGAGCUGGUCCAGUACGUCGAGAACGGGCGCAACCCGGACAUCUACACGCGCGAGUUUGUCGAGCAGGUCCGCCGCGGCAACCAGCUCCUGCGCGGCAAGCAGGUCGCGUUCGGCAGGUUCCGCGACAUCCUCGCCGACUCCAUGGACAGCGCCAUGCCCGAGCUGCGCGAUGACGUCUCGGCCGUGCUCGAGGCCACGGGCGGCAAGGACCGGUGGAAGAGCCAGCAGCAGCAGCAGCCGCAGCAGAUGGUUGGUUCGUCGUCAGCGGUGGCGGUCAAUGGGAACGGGAACGGAAGCGCUGGUGGUGCCGGCGGCAGGCCGCCUUCGUCUGCUGGGCCUGGUGUCGGUGGCGCAGCAGCCACACCUGCUGGUGGCGGCGCUGUACGCCAGAACAGUGUCUCGUCAGGAACACCGAUGCGGUAGCGAUGGCGCUUUUAUCAUAUCUUGUUUCGUCCGACAUCAGCAUCUCUGCGCUGCGAGGCUGGGGCUUGGUAGAGAGCAGCUCUGACGCGCUAGGCGCCUUUGUUUUCGAUGCAAUUUUUGGUUUCCAAGCCGGCGUUCGGGAAAAGAGGGCGCAUUUUCGAGUGGGACAGGGCAUAUAUACAUGCCCACACGGUCUCGAGGCCUCGGGACGUUGCCCAUACGCAGACACACAAUAUAUCGUGAACGCAAACAGAGAUUUUGUGAUAGAACAGUGAAUGGGGAUCAUUCAUUUCCGCGUAAUGUUACCAAGUCUGAGAGACUUUUGCAGUUCAUGAGCAAUGUGCAAUUACGCCAACCUGAUCACGUACACG